GUUUUAACUGAAAUCGAACUAUUUUAUAUGUUACCAUAUCAAAGAAGAAAAUAUAAUUGGUUUCCAAAUACUAUUUUUUAUGAAGUACAUAUACAUAAACUACGUGAUCUGAUUAGAGAUAUUGAAAAUGAGAAGUGGACAACUUUAGAAAAGCCUUAUAUUUCUUCUUUACUUUCCAAAAUUAUUCGUCAAGAAGAUAAAUUUAAAACCGGAAUUAGUAAAAUUGCUGAAAGCAAUCAAAUUACUGAAAUUAGUCAAAUUAAAAAAGAGUUAGAAGAUUUAACUAGCAUUAAAAAGGAGUUAGAAGAUCUAAAUAUUUUUAAAAAAGGGUUAGAAGAUUUAACUAGCAUUAAAAAAGGAUUAGAAGAUUUAACUAGCUUAUUUGACAAUUUCAAAAAUGAAGUUAUAACUAAACUAAAUAAGUCUGAAUUAAGUUAA